AGAUGCAGAUAUUUGUGAAAACUUUGACUGGAAAGACCAUCACUCUCGAGGUGGAGAGCUCUGACACCAUUGACAAUGUUAAGGCCAAGAUUCAAGACAAAGAAGGGAUUCCCCCAGAUCAGCAGAGGCUGAUCUUUGCCGGGAAACAGCUUGAGGACGGUCGUACCCUUGCUGACUACAACAUUCAGAAGGAAUCGACCCUUCACUUGGUGCUUCGUUUGAGGGGUGGUAUGCAGAUCUUUGUCAAGACGUUGACUGGCAAGACCAUCACGUUGGAAGUUGAGAGUUCUGAUACUAUUGAUAAUGUGAAGGCAAAGAUCCCACCGGACCAACAGAGACUAAUCUUUGCAGAUAUACGUGCAUGUUAG